UUACCCCUACCAUUGACAUAAACCCUCCACAACACUCUCUUCCCCUUCCUUUCCCUCUCCUAGAAUCCACAAUGGGCGCGAAAAAGAAGACCGCUGGCGGAAACAACAAUAAGGAGAACCAAGACACUAACUCCACCUUCGUCUUGAAGCUCGACAUGCAUUGCGACGGUUGCGCUUCCAAAAUCAUUCGACACCUUCGCGCUUUCCAAGGUGUGGAGACGGUGAAGGCGGAGAGCGACGCCGGGAAGGUAACGGUGACCGGAAAAGUGGACCCCGCGAAAGUGAGGGACAACCUGGCGGAGAAGCUAAAUAAGAAGGUUGAACUCAUCACUUCACAGCCCAAGAAGAAGGAGAACAAAGACACCAAACCCAACAACCAAUCCCACAACAAAAUAAUCAAAGACAAAGAGGUUGAGACUACAGCGGUUCUGAAGAUGGCACUGCAUUGCCAGGGAUGUCUAGACAGGAUUGGCAAGACUGUGUUGAAAACCAAAGGAGUUAAAGAAAUGGCUAUAGACAAGGAAAAAGAAACGGUGACUGUGAAGGGUACAAUGAACGUGGAAGCUCUUGUGGGGAAUCUGAUGGAGAAGCUUAAAAGGAAGGUUGAGGUGGACCCUCCCAAGAAAGACAAGGACAGUGAUAACAAGGAAGGAGGCAAGAAGAAGAACAAAGGUGGUGGUGGUGGAGAUAAGAAUGAGAAUGAAGAGGGAGGAGAGAAAAUGGAGCAAAACAGAAUGGAGCAUUUGCCACCACCUCCCUCUGGCUUUGGUUAUGGUUAUGGUUAUGGCAAUUUUGGCGGCCUUAACUAUGUACCUGUCUACCCGGAGCAGAUGCAUUUUCACUUGCAUGCACCACCACCACAAAUGUUCAGUGAUGAGAACCCAAAUGCUUGUUCUGUCAUGUGAGUGAAGUGUCAGAGGUUAAUUUCAUUAUUCAACUGGGUGAUGAAUGAGGAUGAUGAUGGAUGGUCUUCGGCAGGGGUCUCUAUAGAGACUAGACUAUAGUUUGGUUCUAUUCUUUUUCACUUUGUGCUUAGUAGAAAAGGGUUUUGAUGUGAUUAACCAAUACCGUUUAUAUUAAUCAAAUGGCAAUACCACGUAGUUUCAGCAUUUGAAGUUAGCUAUGCAUAAUAAUAAUAAUGUAAAUGAUGAUAAUAUGGAAUCUCUCUCCCACUUUGGU